CUGGUUCUCCCCUCUCAUCAUCAUCAAUGGUGAAAUCAGCCGCGACGGCGACAUCCUCCCUCGUGCAAAACCUAAGGCGUUACAUCAAAAAACCAUGGGAGCUCACCGGACCCUGCGCUCAUCCAGAAUACCUCGAAUCCGUACCGAAGGCGACUGAGUAUCGUAUCAGAUGCCCCGCCACGAUUGACGAAGAGGCGAUCGUGCCGACUUCCGAUCCCGAGACGGUCUACAACAUCGUAUACCACGGAAGAGAUCAGCGGCGUAACCGUCCGCCGAUCCGGCGUUUUCUGUUGAAGAAGGAAGACGUGGCGGCUCAGAUGAUGAGUGAGAAGAAGACGUUCGAGGAGACGGAGUUUCCUAGGGUUUAUUUGACAACGACGGUGGAGGAGGAUGAGAACGCGCGUGGCGGAGGUUACGAGUAAUGAUCAGGGUUUUUUUUUCUAGUCUGUCUCUCUGCUCUAACCUGCUGAUGGGCGAAGAACUGCAUAUGUGAUAUAUCUCCCUGUGGAUAAAAUAUUAUCCCUUCUUUGCUUUAUUUAAUAAGGUUUGUAGUAGAUUUAUGUACUACAAAAC